ACGUUUUGACUGAUUUUGGUUUUCAUGACAGAUGAUUUUUUUUCUCUCCGCAGGAUGGAAAGUAAGAACCUCUUCCUGAGCUUAUUACUCUGCUACAGUUUACUCACAGCUGCCAAUUCUCACCUGGUCAUUGAAGAGAAGGCAGAAUGCAACCUGUCGAAGAACAACAAAAUGAAUCUCCCAGAUCUCUCAUCCAUCUCCAUAGUAGAUCUAACUAAAAGAUCCCAGAAAGUCAGCAGAAAAGAGGCAGAAAACAAGAAAUCAUCCAAGGCUGACCCGAAGAUACCUCCAAAACCAAGGCCCACACCUGCAGCUGACUGCGUGCCCAAUUUCAAAACCUGCAAGCCGCACUUGAAUUCAUGUUGUAACUACUGUGCCUUGUGCAAAUGCCGGAUUUUUCAGACCAUCUGCCAGUGUCUGCUGUUAAACCCAAAGUGCUAA